AUGGCUGACGACGAGGUGGCGACGCUCGAACGCGAACUGGAGACUCUAAAGCUGCAGCUGGAGAAGGAACGUAAGAAGAACGCGGCUGAACAGGACGACAGCAGAAGUGAUACCAAGCAGGAGCGAAAGCCCGAGCAAGGAGCAACUCCGGAGGGCACUAAGUCGCAGCGACGAGGUGGCGACAAGAAGGCUGCCCCAUCCUCAAAGGAACCGCGCAUCUACGUGCAACACGCUGCAGUAGGAUCUCGGCGCGGCAAGUGGUGGCUCCGCGAACGCCAAGUGCUCUCGCGAACCAUAGCGGAUGAAGACGGCGCAGUGACUCUUAAAGUGCGGGAAACCUGGGUCUGGAGCGGCCGGACAGUGAUCCUCGACAAGAUCGUGCGACUAGACGAAGAGACGCAGGAAGACAAGCGGGCAGUGGGGGUGGAGAAAGAUAAACCAGAAAUCGCGAAGGAGGAGCCCGACAACAAGAACAAAGUGCCAUUUGAAGCUACUCCCUCUUCAGUGCAGCCAUCCAAAGAGGCAGAAACAAGCGCGGAAGCAGUAGUAGAUUCAAAGGCUGUGGUGACAGCGACCAAAGCUAAUGACGAAGAAUCCAUCAUCGAAACGAUCAUGUUCGGAUUGACUUUGCAGUGGAACGUCAAGAGCGUGAGGGACUUCGUCAAUGCGGCCAACUCAAAUACGAUUUCCGAUGAGAAGCGCCCCGUGUGGAUAUCCCAAUCUCGAGGUCAGAUCACUGAGCAAGUGUUCAAGAGCGACGUUAUGGCUUGCCUAGCCGUGGUUGCUGGUGGACCAGCCCAAGAGAAUGAUCUGGCACCGAACACGAUCUGGCAACACAUGAAUAUUGUUAAACGUCUCGGCCAAAUCGAAAACGAUCCGUUCGUCCAGUCAUGCAUGAGCCAGCUCGAUCUCGAUACCUACCUCGCUGUUGUCUUCUUGCGCCACGAACCGGGCUUUGAUAUUCAACCAAUGCGCUCUGAUCCUCCAAUACCACCAAAUCGACAGGUCUUCUAUUAAGAAGAAUUAAAGGAAGACUCACUUUAAUUGCAAAAGUUAGGAUUCUAUUCCUCAUAAUAUGCUUAUAUUAUAAGCAACGAUGCUUUGUUUACCACUCGGAGACUGCGUGGUCCUUAAAGAACUG